AUGUCUCUUGAAACGUCUUGGGAUUGGUUUGAAGCUCAGCAACAAUGUAAUAAAAAUAAUGAUACAUUACCUUACAAUGCUUCUGCCACGCCAACAUCGGAAUUCUGGUCUGGUGUCUACCAAAGACAAUCUUUAUGGAUUAAAAUUCUAGGUUGUUAUGAUUCACAAGAUAUGUUUGACUAUCAAGAAUUCCAUAUGAAUAAUUCGUCCGCUGGGUUUUGUCAAGAUAUAUGUGCAUCAGUAAACUCGAUAAUUUUUGGAAUUAAGGAAAAGAACUGUUUGUGUCUGAAACGUCCAAUUAUCGCUAGGACGAUCCCAUCUUAUCAUUGCAAUGAAACAUGCGAAGAUACAGAGGGUGUUCGGUUUUCAGAAUGUGGAGGACCUAAUGCCUAUACUGUAUACACUGCAGAUUCAUCAUUUUCACUGAAUUUGACAAAAGCUGAUUAUGGUGGGAAAACAGCUUGUGUUGCAGUAAACUGCGGUACUGAAAAAAGGUUUUCCAUUUCCCCUAGUUGUUCUGAGUCAUAUUUUGGAGUCUGUGAAGAUAAAGGAUAUGUAGGCUGUUUUGAAGACCAAAUGCCACGAACUCUCUCAGGAAAGAGAGAGUGGUCCAACGAAAUGACUAUAAAACUGUGCAGAAAGAUUUGUUCAGAUAGGAAAACAAAGUUUUUUGGUGUUGAGUAUUCAUCUGAAUGUUUUUGUGGAAGCCAUCUUACGGGGAGGAACAACAAGGCUGAACAUGAAUGUAAAAUGAAAUGCAGUGGAGAUAACCGUCAAAUCUGUGGUGGACCAUGGAGAAUCAACAUAUACAGAAACCCAUACUACGAAAUUGUAGAUAGAGAUGCUACACAGAACUGGACAGAAUCGAUGAAAUGGUGCAAAAAAUGGUCUCUGCCUACUUACUUAUAUGGAAAUGUAUCACUUCUAAACGCGUCCCACGCAUGCCGAGCAUUGCAUAGGACAAAGGAUGGUUUAUCAUGGCUUGGUAUUGCAAAAGAAGUAUAUAUGGGAUAUGAUCGAGGUGUAAUGGUUGAUCCCAACCACAGAAAAACGUUUCUGCAGUGUCAGAAAUGUAACCGCACUGGCUGUGUAUUUGUGGACUGCUUCAAAAAACUGAAUAAUGUUCUUUGCGAAAAGACUCUACUUGAUGAAGUUACUACGGUUGAUUUCGCACUAGCCACCCCUGAAGAUUUAAGAAACCUAGUUACUAUCAUUACAUUAAUUGCGUCGUUAGCGGUGGCCUUUAUUCUUGCUAGUUGUUCAGCAAUUGUCACUUGGUAUAUCCGCAAAAAGGAAGCAGAAAACAAAGAAGAAAAGACAAAUCUUCAAAGUUCAAAUCCUAGCGAAAAUUUGUACGCUAAUGUAAAUGGCGACCAUGAAAUGAUCGAAUAUAAUUCCGUACAGAGACCUUCACCAAACGAUUUUAGCAAACAAGAAAAUCCUAAGCAAAAUUUAGAUGAACCAUAUCGGGGAACAAUUGAUGGAGUCUAUGAUCAUCUCGGGGAUAAGGAAAUUACACAAAACAAUAAUGAAAAUGUAUAUGACCACGCAUCUGUAGCCAUGGAACCAGAGUACGGGGGGUAUGAUACUAGUGCUGUAACCCGAAACAAAUUUCAUGAACAGGCUACUUAUGAUCAUGCCGGAUCUUACUCUGAUUAUGGACAGCAUGAUAUACAAGUCGAAAAGUUGGAAGAUACUUACUCCAGAUUGCAUAAUAUAACGCCACGGAGCGGACACUCUUAAAAAUAACACGUAUUCAUGAUAAUUCGCUGAAGGAGGGCUCUACAUGUAUAAAUUAUGUCGCUCGUAAGACGUCAGAGCAGAAGUGUUUAACUUUUCAUUAGUGGCGAGUCUUAUACAUGCUAUAGGGGUUUGCACUUGACUUUUGUGCAAUAUAUGCAAUUGUGCGAUGACAAAACAAGGUUCAUAUGUUAGCAGUUACAAUAUGUAGGUACACAAUCAUGUACAUGUAUCAUAAAUGGGAGAUGUUCUGACAACUUGCAAAAAAAGUAAAAUAAAUAAAUAAAAUAAAAUAAAUAAUAAACUGAAAUGGAAAAAAAAAAGUUCUAGAUAUAUAUGAUUUAGAAUUUGUUACUGUCUUUGUUUGAUGAAUAAUUUAGGCCUAUAGCAGAGACAAAUGACAGUGUUUCAGCCUAUAUAUAGUAAGUUCAAAUGAAAAAAAAAAAAUCAAUCGUUCAGUAACAUUUGGUUCAGAGGAAGAUCAGUCAUAAUUCAAAAAUCUCGUCUUAAGUAGCACAGAAUGGAAAGGUAAGGCUAAGUAAAGAUAUACGGUAUAUAGAUCUAUAUAUUUAAGCUGUUUUAAACAGAAACUGCAUGUUGAUCAAUAGUCAAACAAUUUUAAAAUUAAUCAUCAUCAUUAUUAUUAUUUCUUGUGCUACAUGUAUGUGAUGUUGACAGGGAGAGUUUGUGUGGAUGGGGUCGGGUUAAACCAAAUACUAAGUACUUGAAAUCAGGGAGAAUAAAAUAAAUCAGUGUUGAUAGUCCUUAAAAG